UAUGCGGAAUGCAACUAAUAGCAAUCCUGAGGGCUCAGAGGUUCUAUGGAGCAUUACGUCGAACAUUUGUCAUCUCAUCGCCCGAUUUUCGUUUCAGUUUCUGCACGCAAAUACCAACUUCAUCUCUCGAAUCGGGAUCAGAGAAUGAGCAUAUUGUAGCGGAAAAAGAUGCAGAAGUAAAUAGCUUGAGUUCGAGGAUAGAAAAACUGCCCAGAGGAGAGCCGAUUGGGUCGGCCUUCCAGAGCUGGAUGGGCGAUGGCUUCUCCAUUCACAGAGGCCAUAUCUUCCAUGCUAUCAACCGUUUGCGCAGGCUCAAUUCCACCAAACGCGCUAUUGAGGUGAUGGAAUGGGUAAUUAGGGAGAGGCCAUACAGGCCUAAGGAAUUAGAUUAUUCGUAUUUACUGGAAUUCACUUCUAGGCUUCACGGAGUAUCGCAGGCUGAGAGUCUGUUCUGUCGAAUUCCCUCUGAAUUCCAGAAUGAGUUGCUCUACAACAAUCUUGUGCUUGUGUGCCUGGACAGAGGGUUGAUAAGGCUUUCACUAGCAUAUAUGAAGAAAAUGAGGGAGCUUGGUCACCGGAUAUCCCAUUUAGUGUUUAACCGCCUUAUCAUUCUACACUCUGCUCCUGGUCGAAGAAAGUCUGAUCCAAAAAUCUUAAUUCAGAUGAAAGCUGACAAGGUCACUCCGCAUGUUUCCACCUUUAAUAUUCUGCUAAAGAUUGAAGCUAAUGAGCACAAUAUUGAAGGUUUGGUCAAAGUGUUUAAUGAUAUGAAGAGAGCUAAGGUCCAACCAAAUGAGGUAACUUACUGCAUUUUAGCCAUCGCCCAUGCUGUGGCAAGGUUGUAUACAGUGUGUGAGGCUUAUGUUGAAGCUGUUGAGAAGUCUGCAACUGGGAAAAACUGGUCAACAUUGGACAUUCUUGUUAUAUUGUAUGGAUAUCUGGGGAAGCAGAAGGAACUGGAGAGGACUUGGGGGAUUACCCGAGAACUUCCUCAUGUUAAGUCUAAGAGUUACAUGUUGGCUAUUGAAGCAUUUGGGAGGAUUGGAGAUCUAAAUCGAGCUGAAGGUCUGUGGAUGGAAAUGAAAUUAGAAAAGGGUUUGAAAUCAAUUGAGCAGUUCAACUCAAUGAUAGCUGUGUAUUGCAAGCAUGGUCUAGUAACCAAAGCAACUGGGCUGUAUAAAGAGAUGGAGGUAUGUGGAUUGAAAGCAAAUUCUAUAACUUUCCGACAUCUUGCUUUGGGUUGCUUAAAAGCAGGGUUAGUAAAGGAAGCUAUGAAAACUAUAGAUCUGGGGAUGGAUAUGACAACAAGCAUAAAGGUGAAAAGAUCAAUUCCAUGGUUAGAAACUACCCUUUCAGUAAUUGAAAUUUUGGCAGAUAAUGGUGAGCUUAGAAUCGUUGAGAAGUUGUUUGAAGAAUUGAAGAAAGCAAAAUAUACCAGGUACACGUUUGUGUAUAAUGCAUUGAUCAAGUCAUAUGUGAAGGCAAAAGUAUAUGACCCAAAUCUUCUCAAAAGGAUGGUGUUAGGAGGGGCCAGGCCAGAUUCUGAGACUUACAGUUUACUGAAGCUCACUGAGCAAUUUCAAACAUGAUCCCAAACUGGAUGGUUUUUAGGCUUUCCCGUGAGAAUACAUUAAUGUUUUCUGUGCUGCUUUGGCUACAGGGACUUUUGUUCAUAGAUAUGGAUCAGAGCUAGUCUGGAUUUUAGGAAAAAGGAAAUGAUAAAUUAUACAAACAGGCAUCUUUUGCUUCACUCAGGGAAUUGGGAAGAGAAACAAAGAAUAGAUGCAUUCAGUACUUUUUCACCAGAUGUUUCUCCUCCAACUCAUCAUUCAAUAAUGUGUAUGAUUUUCUUUCUCUUCCCUUCUUUAUAUUGAUUGCUUUACUUAGUGAGAGAUAAUUGUUGAUGCA